AUGACGUCCACGUCCACCGCCGACACCACCAACCAGCUCUUCCAACAGUUCAAAGUUGAUCAAGCGACAUCCAAUGUACUUAAGAGCGCCCAAUUUAAUGACUGGGCCAGCUCUGCAGCCAAAGCGUACAAGACAAACCAGGAGGCGGCCGAUACAGCAACGCUCAUGACGCUAACGGCUCGCUAUGGCGAUGAAUCUAUUGCCAGUAUGCUAGCAUCCGCCAGUAGUACAAACCAACCAUCACGAGACUGGAAAACUCAGAGCUAA